UAUUUAGCUUGUAUUCUACGCAAGAGGCGUAUUUCAGAUCGAGAAAUCCCUAAUCCCUGCCCUAAUCCCCUUUCCCUCGCUCUUUCUUCCUCCCGCGCCCUUUGCUGCUCGAAAGAUCCACUUUUGAUUUCGAUUUCGCCGAUUCAUCCGCCGGUGCCGGAUAUGGCGUGCGUCGACAUCCAUGGCAUGAGCGUGACGCUCACGUUGGUGGACCAGCUGUCGCUCGCCGGGAAGAAGAGAUCCGCCGACGAGAAUCUCGUCCUCGCCGACGAGUCCGAGGCCAGUGGAUGGUCGUCGGCGGUCUCGGACCGCAGGCUCGCCCUGCGCCGCCGGCGAGGUCCGGCUUCCUCUUCCUGCCGCCGCGGCUGCAUCGUGGUGAGGGAGCCGCCGGACUGCCGUGCCGAGGAGGCUGUUCAGCAGGUUGCCGCGGAAGAAUUCGAAGGCAUACUGGAGCGCGAGGCUUUGUCUGUCGAGGAGCUGGUUUACUUCACCAUCUUCUAGUCCAUCGAUGCUAAAUCCCAAGGCCUGCUUGCCCAAGUCUCUGAAGAAGGAAGUUGAGGAGGCGUCAUAUGAAGUAAUCAAAUUACAAGUCAAGAGGCCGGAUGUGCUGGAAUGUCAGUUUAGCUAGGAAGUCAGUUUAGCUAGCAUGGUCAUGUCAGUUAGUACUCCCUUUGUAAACUAUCUUAUACUCCCUCCGUUCCAAAA